GGGCCUCAAGCCAUUGGAAACUUUGGCAGCCCUGGUAUCUACACUCUCCCGGCUUAAAUGUCACAGCGCGUACUUAAUUUUUGUGAAUUGCUAAAUAAUGAGUUAAUUCAAUAGACAUUUAUCAAUAAGAUAAACAGAAAUCAUUUAAAUCAAUUGCAACAAUUUGGGUUGUGCGCAGAGAUUGAACACUGCAAAAAUACUACGGAUUGUGUAAAAUGAAAAACGUCUUGGAUGUGAUGUCGUUGCAGCAGCACGUGGAGACGAGCAAGACACAGAAUAUGAAACCCAUUGAUUAUCGAAAGUCCACCAAACCUGGUCUGGUGCCUCUCUACAUUUUCGAGUGCGCGGCGAAGCUGAAGAUGAAGCCUCUGACAGCCGCCUGCGCCGCCAUCGUUUACCAUCGCUUCUUCAAGGAGGUCAAAGCAAGUGACUACGACGAGUUCCUAAUAGCCGCCUCCUCACUCUACUUGGCUGGCAAAAUCAAAGACGACGACACUGUCAAAAUCCGCGAUGUUAUCAACGUGGCAUACUGCACACUGAACCGCGACAGUGCUCCGCUGGACCUGAAUGACGAGUACUGGGCCAUGCGCGAUGCCAUCGUUCAGGCCGAGCUGCUGAUAACACGCACCCUCAGUUUUGAUCUGAACAUCGAGCUGGCACACAAGUACCUGCUGUACUACAUGAAGACACUGCAGGAUUGGGUGGGCACGGACAUAUGGAACUCUGUGCCGAUUGCCAAGACAGCCGCCUCGUACCUGCAGGACUUUCACCACAGCCCAAACAUAUUGAAAUACAAGCCCACUCACGUGGCCAUCGGCUGUCUAUCCCUGGCACUGCAAACAUAUGGCGUGCAGGUGCCGCUGACCGAUGAGUCGGACGAGGCUUCCAUGUGGUAUAAGCCUCUCGUUAAGGACUUUACUCGAGAGAAACAGUGGGAAAUUAUCGAAGACGUCAUUGAAGUGUACAAGCACGAGGCAUCCCUCAUGGCCAACUGAACCUACAACAUCAUCAUUCUCACCAAGAACUGGCUGUUCGAUAUCCACUCGCCAUUCCCAUACGAUUUAUUUAUUUGCAUUAAAAAAAAAAAAAGGAAAGUACUUGAAUUACUGAAUAUAUGAAGAUUUAAUUACAAAGAAUUGUGGAAAACUUUAA